CCCCAGAAGGACACUUCCCUUUGACGCCUCAGCUCAUCUGAAUCUACCGGACGAGUCAAACCAUUACGAGUUGUAGACAAAAAUGGAUACUUUGUUUUUCCUUAUAUUUAUACUUUUUCGAUGUACUUCGUCAAACAGUUUCCUUAUUGUGCACACCCCAAAGAAACUGUGCCUGUCUACCCACAAAUCGACCGUUAUCCUUGGAAAAUGCAAUGUCGCCAGUCCCUAUCAACAAUGGGAAUGGACGAACGAUAUGAAGUUGCAUCACACGCAGUCGUCGAAGUGUCUCUGGGCCAACACGAGCAGUGCGAUACCUCUGCACGCUCGCCUGGCCUCAAUCAUCAACUGUGACAGCGCACAUGCCUGGAAAUGUUACGACAAACAGGGUACUUUCGGUUUAGCGAAGGAGCCCAUGUACCUGAAGAAACAAGGUACACGCGUUGUGAUUAGAGGAGAUCCGAGGUAUUCAAACUGGACAAAGCACGAAGAAGUCGACUCUGGAGGAGGACAGGUGAUGACACAUUUAUGCUCGCGUAAAGGGUCCACCACCAUCUCAACCACCAGAAUGUAUUCAUCCACGCACAAACCGGUGGCAUACACCAGCACUGUCCACGCCAUCCCAACGGCCCCUGUAACAGCCAUAAACACUCACUCUUCAUCAAACGCUAUGAGCACCCAUAGGAGGACCACCCGUCAGAUCUCUACGUUAAGAGUUCCCAUCACAACGCCCAACAAUGCGGUGACCUAUGAGUCUAUGGUGGCAACGCACACUUAUGACCUCGUCAAGACUCAGACGAUGGGUUUCAUUCCCAGGUCCGUCUCAACGGUCAUCACGGCAUCUGGGACAGCUCUCAGCGACAGCCAUGAUUUUAUCUGGUCCAGUCCUGCUUUGUCCACAACUGACUCUGCCAUGGACGAAACGGUGAACGCUGCCACCGAAAAUGCCCUCCUCGACUCGAGGAACGGAGCCAAGAUUCCAUCAGUAAACCGAGCAACUUCCAGUUCCACACCCCCUAAUGUAGAUGAGCUGGUGUCAACUGCCUCUACCACUACUGUGGUUUCCUCUACAAUUUCCUCAUUGCCCAACUCAAGUGCUCUGACUGAUUCACCAUCCACUUCUGCAUCCGUAGUCGUUACCUCUGAUGCUAAAGUCCCAACUUCUGUUGCUUUAACUACCCCUACCCCUGAUUCCAUCUCUAAUUCUUCUGCUACCACCACACCUACCGAUACCACAACAUUGUCCACAACUAGGAAAGUACCCCCCAGAAAGACUGUCGUUCCAUCUACAACCAAAACCACAACAAUGCAGACUACAACAACCGCUGCCCCUCCUACUCCUACUACUUCUGCUGUCGGCCAAACCACUAUGACUACAUCAAAUCCCAUUAUAAAAGUAGCCUCACCCACAACCGCCAUAGCCUCACCCACAAUAACUUCCACUCUGCCCACAACCUCCUCAGCUCCACCAACAACAUCUUCAACUUCACCCAUAACAUUUUCAACAAUAAAGAUUACAGCUAAAACCACAAAGAAAAUAGCCCCACCCACAACCUUCACAGCCCCACCCACAAUAACUUCAACUCUGCCCACAACCUCCUCAGCUCCACCAACAACAUCUUCAACUUCGCCCAUAAUCUCUUCAACUUCACCCACAACCCCUCCAAUAACAUCUACAAAUGCCCCACCCAUGACCACUACAAUGCCUCCCACAACUACAACAAACCUGCCCACAACUACCAAGACUUUGGCCACAACUACCGUAACCACAACUACUGCAACCACAUCCACAACUACCGCAACCACACCCACAAUUACCGCAACCACACCCACAACUCCAGCAACCACACCAACCACACCCACAACUACUACAACCACACCCACAACUACCACACCCACAACUACUACAACCACACCCACAACUACCCUCCACUCACAACUACCAAAACCACACCCACAACUACCAAAACCACACCCACUUCUACUACAACCACACCUACUACUACCACCACAACCACACCCACCACAACCAUACUCCACUCACAACUACCACAACCACACCCCCACUCACCACAACCGCACCUACCACAACCACACACCCAACUACCACAGCCACACCCACAACUACCAAAACCACACCCACUUCUACUACAACCACACCUACUACUACCACCACAACCACACCCACCACAACCAUAGCUCCACUCACAACUACUACAACCACACCCCCAACUACCAAAACCACACCAACAACUACCACUUCUACCACAACCACACCUACUACCACUCCCACUACAACCAUAGCUCCACUCACAACUACCACAACCACACCCACAACUACCACACCUACUUCUACCACAACAACAACCACACCCACUACUACCACAACCACACCCCCAACUACCACACCCACAACUACUACAACCACACCCACAACUACCAAAACCUCACCAACUUCUACCACAACCACAACCACACCCACUACAACCAUAGCUCCACUCACAACUACCACAACCACACCCCCACUCACCACAACCACACCCCCAACUACCACAGCCACACCCACAACUACUACAACUACAACCACAACUACCACACCCACUUCUACCACAACCACAACCACACCCACUACUACCACAACUACCACAGCCCCACCCACAACAGCUACAGCUCCAACAACAACUACUACAGUACAGACUACGACCACAGAGUUGACCACCACCCCACAGGUGAGUGA